AAGUGAAAGUGCAGCUGAGGCACACCUAACAGAUAAACAUGUUUUGCACACGACUCUUAACACAAAACCAGGAAACUACUUUUCAAGCGAGUGUCUCUCUCUGUAUGUAUAUUAGUGAAAUAUGGCAGAAGCUCAUGUUUUUCAGGACAAGUUCAGCUGUUCGGUGUGUUUGGAUCUCCUGAAGGAUCCAGUGACCAUUCCCUGUGGACACAGUUACUGUAUGAGCUGUAUUACAAACUGCUGGGAUCAGAAUGAGAUGAGAAUCUACAGCUGCCCUCAAUGCAGACAAACCUUCACACCAAGACCUGUUUUAUUUAAAAAUGUGAUGAUUGCUGAAAUGGUGGAGGAACUGAAGAAGACAAAACUUCAGACUGCUGUUCCUGCUGACUCUUAUGCUGAAGCUGGAGAUGUGGAGUGUGACGCCUGUACUGAGAGAAAAUACAAAGCUGUCAAGUCCUGUCUGGAGUGUCUGAAGUCUUACUGUCAAAAUCAUCUUAAACAACAUGAGAAUUUCUUCAAUGACAGGAGGCAUCAUUUGAUGAAUCCCACCAGACAACUUCAUGAGAUGAUCUGCUCAAAACAUAAUAAACAACUAGAAAUCUACUGUCGCACCGACCAACACUGCAUUUGUUAUCUGUGUACGAUGGACGAACAUAAAAACCAUGAUACUGUGACAGCUGUAGCAGAAAGAACUGAGAAACAGAGAGUUUUGGGAGAGAGACAGAUAAAAUUACAUCAGAUAAUUGAGGAGAGAGAGAAGGAGCUUCAGGAGCUGAGAGAGGCUGUGGACUCUUAUGCGCGCUCUGCACAGACAGCAGUGGAGGACAGUGAGAGGAUCUUUACUCAACUGAUCCGAUCCAUUGAGAGAAGACGAUCUGAGGUGACACAACUGAUCAGAGAUCAGGAAAAGACUGCAGUGAGUCGAGCUGAAGGAGUCAUGAAGCGUCUGGAGGAGGAGAUUGAUGAUCUGAAGAGGAGAGACGCUGAACUGAAGCAGUUUUCACAUACAGACAAUCACAUCCAUUUCCUACAGGGUUUUCAGUCUCUGUCUGCAGCUUUUGAGUCUUCAGUCUCACACAGAUUUACUCUCAGCUCUCUUCUCUCUUUUGAUGAUGUGAGAAAAUCUCUCUCUCAACUGAAAGACAAACUGGAGGAUUUCUGUAGAGAGGAGAUAGAGAAGAUAUCUGGUGAAGAUUUCAAGCAGUUCACACUGGAUACAAACACAGUUAAUGAAAGCAUUGAGCUGUCUGAUGGGAACAGAACGGCUACUAACACUAACACAGUCCAUCAGUAUCCUGAUCAUCCAGACAGAUUUGAUCACUUUCAGGUGUUGUGUAGAGAGACUUUGUGUGGACGCUGUUACUGGGAGGUUGAGUGGAGUGGUCAGGUGUUUAUAUCAGUGUCAUAUAAGAGCAUCAGCAGGAAGGGAAGGGGUCAUGAGUGUGUGUUUGGACGUAAUGAUCAGUCCUGGAGUUUGUACUGCAUGUUGAGCUCCUGUAGAAUAGGAGUGUAUGUGGAUCACAGUAAAGGAUCUCUGUCCUUCUACAGCAUCUCUGAUACAAUGAACCUCAUACACAGAGUCAACACCACAUUCACUCAAUCACUUUUUGAUUUUUGA